GAUUCCGAGCAACGACAAGCCACGCUCGAAUCGAAUCGCAUCGCGUCGCAUCGCAUCGGUUCGAAUCGAUUCUGCACCACCCUUUCCGACCGCCUUCCCGCCGCUGCUCUGAAACACCCACCGCAAGACCACCCCCACCCAAGGGAAGCGAAGAAGUACCCGCUGCUCAGGCAUGACGCGGAGCCACUUCAAGGGUUCCAGCGAGCGAAAGUCCCUCGUGGAGGACCUGGAACGGGUCGAUCCCUCGAUCGCGGAGCAGCUCCUGAACCUCUCGAGGAACCCGCCGCGCUACGAGUCGCCCAAGGCCACGCACGGGAGCCACCGCAAGCACCAGCGGAUGCUCCGGGCCCAAAAGGCGGCAGCCCUCGCCGCGGAGGAGGAAGAGGAAGAAGCCCGGGCCCGUAGCGGCGACGGCAAAGGGAGCAACGGAAGCGGAGGAGGGGCAAAUCCCGGUGCGGGGGCAAAGCCCGGGGCAGGGACCGAACCGGGUCCUCCCGCGAGAGAAGGGCUCGUUCACGGGAUCGGGGAGAGCCACGCCGACGAAGCCGCUGCUGCUUCGUCUCUGCCGCCGUCCCGAAGGAGGGCGGGCGGAUCCCGCCGGCAUGCGGCGUUGCCCAUGAACCACAGCAACGAACAUUCCGUGGUGACGCCGCUCGUCCACACCCCCAAGACGAAAAGCAAGACCAAGACCAAGGGCAAGACGAAAAGCAAGACCAAGACGAAAAGCAAGACCAAGACCAAGGGCAAGGGGGGCUCCCCGACCGGGCAGGCCGCGGGAGACCCGGGCAGGGAGCUCACGGGCAACUACACGGACCGGGACAUUCUCCUGGGCCUGGCCAAGUUCAACAACCACCCCGGGAACCGCGUCUACCGAGAAACCGUCAUGCGGUUCCGGGACGAGAGCGACGGAACGAAGAACAAGAACGAGAUCGCCCGGGAGAUCAUGGACCACAUAUACGGGGUCAUCGGGGGCCGCUUUCUCAAGAUCGAGCACAAGAACAGCCAGCGGUGGUACGUCAUGUCGGACGCGGACGUCAUGGUCAAGGUGGGAAAGGCCAUCUCGGAGCUCAAGAAGUCCUCGGUGCGGAGGGUGUCGGUGGGAGCGCCCGGGGCGAACCCGAGUUCGGACGCGGAGCUUGCGGCGGCCCUCGCGCACGGGGGGAGCGGGGACCUCGAGGCGUUGCAGGCGAGGGGGCGGCCCAAGCGAAAGGCCUCGGCGCUGUCGUCGAGGACGAGCUACUUCGUCGACGACACGGCGGAAGACCCACCGCAGGCCGCCGCCAGUGACAGACGCAGAAAGAAGAAAAAGGCGACCGGGGACGAGGCGGAGGAGACCCUGCCGUGUGCCCCGCGGGCGGCCCGGCAACCCCCCCAACCGUCAAGGGCGUACCAGGAAUACAUCUACGAGCCGGACCCAAACGAUACCUACGUGGAGGAAACCGCACACGUCUACCACAACCCUCCCUUCCCGUCGGAGUGGACGAACGGGGUGACCAGGGACGACCUGCGCCCGAUCCCCCCGCCACCGCUCCUGCCGGAUCUCCCGAACAGCGGUGCCUGCCGCUGGUCCUUUGACGAGGCCACGAGGGUCCUUAGGGCCGACUUUUCGGUGGGCCGAAACCAGGGGAAGGGAAGGUCCUCCGUCGUGACCCUCGAGGACUCAAAGUUUCUCUUUCAAAUGUACGAGCGAGACGAUAUCACCGUCGUUUCGAGGGGGCUCCUCAACAUGUCCAGGAUCGAACCCUCCCUGUGGAGCCUCGAGUACCUGAGAAAAUGCGUCGGCCGCGAGUUCUACCACAAGUUUCGGCGGUUCGAUCGGACCGUCGACGAGAACGGCAUUGUCUCGAACUUGGAAAAGGACGUCCUGUACUCGAUGCGCUUCGAGGACUACGUCCGGUACUGUGAGAAACGGGAAUCCUACCUGAACGAACGGGCUGCCGGCAACGACAACGGCAACGACAACGACAACGGCACCGCACAAGACGAGCCCCAGUUCACCUUUUGCGACUACCAGGGCAAGACCCAUACCAUCGGGGUGAGGACCUCGGCGCUGUACAUGAUCGACGUGGACAUGAGCCGUCUAGUGCCGCUGCUCAACGACAAUUUUCUGGAGAGCUUCGAGCUCCCGGCGGUGCUGCCGGGUGGAUCCCACUGCAUGAUGAAUUCGGUACGUGCUCCAAGCCCGGCAAUUUUUCGCUCUCGCGGGUUGUUCUUCGGCCACCAACUCACACCUUGCUUGCUUGCUUGCUUCAAAUCAUUGCUCCCCAAAAGGUCACGCCGGAGGCCCGCCCAUUUAUGGGACCGAAUCUGUAUGUCACCCCCCCGGCGUCGUUUACCCACUUCCACCAGGACGGCCACGGGACGGUGGAUUCCGGCCACCUGUGCAUCAGCGGGUACAACGAGGUCGUUAUGCUGCGCCGCCUGACGGAACGCCACAAGAAACACGCCCUGUGGAUCCUCAGCGGCAGCCGGACCGAUGAUUCCCACUUUGACGGCCUGUACUCGAUGCCCCACGGGGACGGGCUGGUAGGUAUCGAGCGAAAGGAGGAUUGUUGUUGUAGGCAUACGAACGAUCGCUCAUUGCAUCGUGCAUAUUUUUGUUUUCCUUGCAUCUCUUGCUUCGUUCCAAAAAGGGCAAGAAGCCUCCGUGGCCGACCAAGGAUAUGCUCGAGGAUUGCAGAAAGAUGGGGUAAGACUCCGCUCGUACAUUCGAUAUCGUUGCAGUGCUUUCGUUCGUCAAUGACAACUAACGUUUUCCCAUCGUUUCCUAGAUACUGUCCCUCGGUGUUGAUUCUCGAGCCGGGCGACCUGGUGCACAUCAACAAGGGCCGCCUCCACGCCUUUCGCAAGAUGUCCACCUCGGGGUUGCCGGACAAGGACUGCCAUUUCGAGCAGCGAAAGACCAUGGUCGCAUCGAAGGGCAUUUCGGGGGAAGAAAAAAUGUGUGUGAGCGUGGCCUGGGACUGGAUGUACCGCGGGAUCUCGCCUGCCGGAAUCAACCGGGAGGUGUGCGCGAUCCUAGAGGGGUCGACCCUCAACCGAAAGAACAACGUGUCGUCGCUGGCCAUCCCGGAGCUCGCCCUGCUCCAGAUGGCCAAAACCAUUCCUGCGAGGGGGGCCACUGCAGGAAACACCAAAUCCUUUCUCGAUGCCUUGAAGAAAGAAGAGAGACAAACCAACAUAUACGAAUCUUCCAAGGAAGACAUUUGCAGGGGAAUCAAUCCGGGACUCAGCGUCGUUGUCGGCCAGCACAUGAAGGCACUCAACGUCGAAGAAUCGACGUCCACCGAAAAGGGAGAACGCCUCUCGAUCGCCAAGAUCCCGGACACCCAGGAAAAUCCCCAGUCCUGCGCCCUGGAUCCCUACGGCAGCUCAGAUUUUCAGUGCAAGCUGUGCUCGAAGGAGCUCUCGAACGUUUACUUCCAUUGCGACGGUUGUGAGAAGCUCCUCUCGAAGGAUUUCAACAUCUGCCGGGGCUGCUACCUGCAGGGGGAGUUCCUGAUCAAGGUCCAGAUGCACCCCUCGAAUCCGAAGCGACACGCGACCCUGAAUCACAUGGGUAAGUAUCCAACACUUGUCCGGGAACAGUUAUCCAUUGUUGAAAUUCUCCACAACUCACCUGCGCGCGUUGCCAUCUUUUUCUUUUUUCUUUUACGAUGUACCAGGGGACAACAAGUUUAGUCGCGAGAGUCGCUGUCCCUGCAAGAACGGACCGGCCUGCAACUUUUGUGGUUACUGCCUGGGUUGUUCUUGCCGCUGCCACACGUGGUUCACGAUGCGCACACGGUUGUGCGAUGCUGAAGACGAGGAAAAACUCCUCCGGUCGGUCCGAUGCACGAUCAUCCCGGAGUCGCCGGAACCUUCCGUUGUCGGAGACGGCGACAACAAGCGAGAAAAAGGCGUGUUCGGCGGGAUGGAAGAAACCACGCAGCACCUCGUCGAGCGGCUGAAAGACGCCGGAGAUGAGGAAUGGCUCAGCGAGGACAGAGCAGAUAAUGUUCCCGAACAGCAGUCAUCGAGCAACGAGGCGAACGGCGUCACUGUGGUAGACGGGAACUCCGAGGAAAUGGCACGGGGCGAGAACGGGAAGGGCCGUCCCGGGGCAAAUGAAGAUGGUAACGCCAUGUACUCCGAUGUAAGAGUGAAGGUAGAGGAUUCCCAACAGACGAUUGCCGAGGACAUGAAGGUUACCGGUUUAGCAAACGGGAACACUGGCAAAAAGUUACAGGGUGCGGACAGAACAGACGAUGCGGAGGCAAAAAAGCAAUGCGAGAGGGAAUGGGUCGCAGGAAGCAAUGUCAAAAAUGACGAUGCCGUGGUAUGACCGAUUGGCCGAUUAACACAAUACAGUAAUGAGGUAUAUCCCACUGAGAACAAAGAUAGCCAAAGAAUUCCGAAUGAAAUAGACAGAAGAAACUUCAGAUUGAUAAAAUACGACGACGGGGGGAUGGCCAUGGCUUUUCAUAGAGAUAUUGUGUGAUUCACUUUAGUGCCAUUCGUAGGGAUCAAUUUCCUGAUUUUUCUGUGUGUGGCCAUGCUCAUAAAUAAUGCAAUUCGCUCAUGAAAGGGUUUUGUGAAAGUUUGAUAUAACGGGAUCAGAUUUUUAGAACAUGAUAUAGUGUGUCUUAUGUUAAAUCUUUGCCCAAAACCCUCAAUUCUCGAUGAAUAACUUUGAUCUGAGCUUGCAGUCGUUCGCGUUCUUCGCUGCGUCUUAUCUCUUGCUUUUCUUUGCGAAGGAUGUCGUAACGACUUCUCAUUUUUGCUCUCGUAGUGCUACGAGGCACGAACGGUUUGAAAGAACUCUUCAGAGCUAAUUCACGAUCUGACUCACUGCAUGCAUACCUGACUUUUUGAACAGAAUCAAUAAGGUUGAGUCCUAAAAGUGGAGACAUUCUCGUUGAUGAGGGUGUCAUUACUUCGUUUUGUGAUGAUAUUGAUCCAUUUGCCCUUUUCGAUGCAUCGACCUCAACUUUCAAUAUGAUCCUACCGCUGUUGGAGCUGUUUUCUUCAUCGUGACUUCCUGCUAUCCGAGAUUGACGUUUUGGUCCAAGACAAGGCGAUACAGGAACUGUCACGGCGCGUUUUGAUACCUUUGGAAUGCCUAUCUGCCCUGCGUUCCAUCGCCUCACAUUCGCUUGAACGACAGUGAAAUUUCGUAUCGAAAUUUCUUCGUUUGGGCCUUCCAAUUUCGACGAAUCCGUCCCUCGUUUUGCAAAUCUUCCAUUUGUUGUCCCUGAAGCAGCAUCUUUAUGAUCUCUAAUGGAAACUUUCUUGAGACCUUUGGUGCUAAAGUUGCUCCUGUCUAUAGCUUUCGCAGUUGGGCCAUUCUUCAAUCCCCUCCCCGAUGGCCCUCUGGAAUUUUCCACCAAUCUGGGUGCUCUACCCCCCCCUUUUCUGCGAGAACCCAACAUUGGUGAUAGUGGCGUUGUAGUUGGUCUCUUCUCCACUUUUGGAACGCCAACCCCACCAAAACCACCUUUGUUAUUUUUGUACGAAUGUUUCGGUUUCGACUUUCCCGUAUUGCUGACGCUUUCUUUUGUGGUUUCUUCGUUUUCCUUUUCCACUAUUUGCAGCUCCUCGUUCAAUGAAAGCAAUCGAGUUUUCGAUUCUGCAAUUGAUCGGAGCUGUUCUUGCUCUUUAGCUACUAGCGAAUCCCGUGAUCGGGUGACCGCAACCUUUCUUUUGUGAGCAGCGUUUCUGAUCUUAUCAAUAAAGUUACUUGAGCGUU